GACAUUCGGUUUCAGGGCUAGUAAUCGGCAGCUGCAUGCGUUUUUGUCUUUGCUGAGCUUUUAUUUUGAAGAGCGCUAACCUGAUUUAGUGAUUAGACGUCAGAUCCGCGCAAUCCAUCACCAACCACUCCACACGUGGAAUCAUGUCGAAGGCCAGAAAACAAAAGCGAGCGAAAGUACAUUUCCAAGGAAAACAAAAGGGGAAAGAUGGACAACAGACUCAAGGAGGGAAAAUGCAUUCAGAGCUGUCUAUUGCACGCCAUCCCAAAGGGUAUGGAAAACCAGAAGAAAUCCGGAAGAAAAGGCUUCAGGAGCUCCAAGAAAAGCAGAGGUUGUCAAGAGAACGGGAGCAGAUGAAGAGGAGAAGUCUGGAUGGUUUUCAGAGAGAUGUUCUAGAGCGACAAAGAGAGUUUGAGCAGAGGGAAACUGAGAUGCAGAGUUUAGAGAAGCAUGUAAAUUUUGAAAAUGAGAAUUCAAGAAAGGCGUACUACAGGGAAUUCAAAAAGGUGGUUGAGGCCUCUGAUGUGAUUCUGGAGGUUCUGGAUGCCCGUGACCCUCUUGGCUGCCGUUGUCCUCAGGUGGAGCAGGCUGUAAUUCAGAGCGGCACUGACAAGAAAAUAGUCCUGGUGCUUAACAAGAUUGACCUGGUGUCCAAGGAGAUUGUGGAGAAAUGGAUCAAGUAUCUUCGCAAUGAAUUUCCCACUGUGGCUUUCAAAGCCUCAACGCAACAACAGAACAAGAAUUUGAAGCGAAGCAAUGUACCUGUUACCCAGGCCACUGCUGAGCUCCUAGGUAGCAGUGCCUGUGUGGGUGCGGAAUGCCUGAUGAAACUUUUGGGGAACUACUGCCGCAACCUAGACAUUAAGACAGCCAUCACUGUUGGUGUGGUUGGCUUUCCUAAUGUUGGAAAGAGCAGUCUGAUAAACAGUUUGAAGCGGGCACGUGCAUGCAAUGUUGGAGCCACACCCGGUGUAACCAAGUGCCUUCAGGAAAUACACUUGGACAAGCACAUCAAGCUUUUAGAUUGUCCCGGCAUUGUAAUGGCAACCUCGACGACUGACGCGGCCAUGAUCCUUCGGAAUUGUGUAAAGAUUGAGCAGCUUGUAGACCCUCUACCUCCAGUCGAAGCCAUCUUAAGACGCUGCAAUAAGACACAGAUCAUGGAACACUAUGGUGUUCCAGACUUCCACACAGCUCUUGAAUUCCUGGCUUUGUUGGCACAGCGACAGGGCAAGUUGAGGAAGGGAGGACUGCCUGAUAAUGACAAGGCAGCAAAGAGUGUCCUAAUGGACUGGACAGGGGGUAGGAUCAGCUACUUUACACACCCUCCGGAGACGCACACUCUUCCCACUCAUAUCAGUGCUGAGAUUGUGGCAGAGAUGGGCAAAGCUUUCGACUGGGAGGAACUAGAGAAGGGAAACCAGGAAGUGCUAGCUGUGUCGUCUUGCACUGAUGUCCAAAUGGGUUUCUGCAUGGCAACUGCUGGGAUGACUCAGGGUGGUCAAGAAGAACCACCUUGUGACCUGGAAAUGGAAGGUGGAGCUUUGGAUGGGGUUGAGUCCAAGGAUGAAACUGAAUCCAUGGAUGAUGGUCAGGACCCAGAGUUUGGACCUAUGACUGUGGAGAUAAAAGCACCAAGGGCAAAGACUGGUGGUUCAGUUGAUGCUGCUGCACCCAGGACCCUCGAUUUAAAGGAUAUCUGGAAUGUAGACCCUCUUCAGCAGGGCCAAGCACUCGUGGCUGCUGGGAAGAAGAGGAAGAAGCAACAGAAAAGAGCUGACAAAAUUGCUACCAAACUCUCAGACAGCCUGACGACGGCAAUGAACUUUGCAUUUUCAGAUAUAUGAAAAAUAAAAGGUCAUCUAAAACGGGGUGUUUUUUUAUUUUUUAUUUAGUUCUGUUCAGUCAAUAUCGUCAACCUUAUUCGCAACAUCCCCUAGUGGUAGGCAUGAUGUGCAAUAACGUAUAUCAGCAUUUACAUAUCAAGACUGAGGGUGGGUUGUACCAACAUGGAUUAACUCUUAAACUGGGUUUAAUUAAGGUUUAUUUGUUAAUGUUGUUGCACCAAACUUUAAUCCUAUUUUUAAAUUACUCCCACUUAAACUUACUUUAGAAGGAUUAGAUUACAUUUUGACUUUAAACCAGGAUAAAAUCUAAUAUUGUUGCUCCAUUGUUUUAAAAACAAUUUUACUAAUGUUAAAUUAGUAUUAUCUAAACUACCACUUGUUUUUUUUUUUUGUUAUUUAACAAUUUUAUCUCCUGUGGUUUAUGUUUGUUAAACUCAGCUAGCCAGCUCACUUAUUUGACAGCAAAGUGCAAUUAAUUUCAUCCUUAGCCUGAAGUGAAAACUCACUUUGCUAACUAGCAAUGACCAGUGCUGGUUUGUUUCCAUAGAAUUAUAACAUCUUGCUAUAUAUGCCAUUUAGCAGACGCUUUUAUCCAAAGCGACUUACAGUCAUGUGUGCAUACAUUCUACGUAUGAGUGGUCCCGGGAAUCGAACCCACUACCCUGGCGCUACAAGCGCCAUGCUCUACCAACUGAGCUACAGAAGGACAUGGUGAAUCCAUUAUGACACGUGUCACUAAUCAUAGUCAUAGAGAUUUAACCUUAGAUUAACUAAUCUAGUUUUUAUAAUUCAGCAGUUCAAUUAGAAAUCUAGAUUAGGUCAAAUCUAAUAUUUAUUUAAAUGACAAAUUAGUAGCCAUGCGAACUGGAACCUCAGCGGCAAAUCUAAAGUUGGUCUCUAAGGUCAUGCAUUUGGUUCUAAUAUUUCGACACACCUUUACAUGACAAUACUUUCUUAAUUCUCGAUUUGGAAGGAACCGGUGUCUUAACUUCUUCUAGUUGUAGCAUGGAUUCCGAUAACAAAGAAAUAUUCAGAAUCAUAUUAAAUCCACUUUUUGCACCGAGUGAAAAUUUGUUUGGUCACUGUGACGCGCUGACUUCUCUUUCUAAACUCGGCAAAAAAAUUAAAUGAUCUCUCACUGUCAACUGCGUUUAUUUUCAGCAAAAGUAACGUGUAAAUAUUUGUAUGAACAUAAGAUUCAACAACUGGGACAUAAACUGAACAUGUUC